AUGGUGCCGGUUAGUUCAGCAUCACCGCCGUUCCUUUGUGUGAAAGGCUUGCCAGGGACUGGAGGUGACAGGUGGCUCAUCGAUCGUCGAGCACGAGUGAGGGCGGUGCCAGUUGAGGCAGUGGCAGUGAUAGCAAUUGCAUGCAUGAGGGGUAGGGAUGAAAUGUACGAGAACAUGAAAGACAGGAUAGGGAGGGCAACGGAGAGAAAUUACAUAUCCAAAGACUUGGUGUCAGACGGGGAGGAACUUGAAUUUUUCAAAAGGUGGAAGGGGUUCUCCCGCAAUAACCACCCCACCAUCAUCAAGGUGUUGCUUGAAAACGGCAAAGACGUAGAUAUCGCCGGCAACUCACUGCCCAAUCUCAUCUACGUCUCCAGAGAGAAAAGCCCAGCUUCCCAUCACCACUAUAAAGCAGGGACGCGGGUGUCCGGCGCCCUCAGCAAUGCGCCGAUCGUCCUCACCUUGGAUUGCGAUACCUUCUCCAACGAUCCUCGCGCACCGCUCCGCGCGCUCUGCUACUUCCUCGACCCCUCCCUCGCCGCCGAUCUCGCCUUUGUGCAGUUCCCGCAACGCUACCAGGGGAUCAACGAGGACGACAUCUACGCCUCCCGGUACAUGCGCUUUUUCCGAUUCAACCCCAGGGGGAUGGACGGGCUUCGCGGCCCAAACUACGUUGGUACCGGCUGCUUCUUCGCUCGAGCAUCUUUGCACGGCGACACAAAGGCGGCGUUGCCGAUAUCGCGUUUGGAAGCUGGCCGGUUUUCGGCGUCGGAGGACGUUCUGAAAAAAGCUCACGGUCUGGCGAAGUGCGACUAUGAAGAUGCCUCCAGUUGGGGUUCAACGAUUGGUUUCCGGUACGGAUCGCUGGUGGAGGACUUCCACACGGGGUAUCGUCUCCAAUGCGAGGGCUGGAGGUCAGUUUUCUGCAACCCUGAGAGGGCGGCGUUCGUUGGCGACGUGCCCAAGAACUUAAACGACGCGAUCAGCCAAAUGAGGCGUUGGGUCGUGGGGCUGUACGAGGUGGGAUUCUCGAGGCACAAUCCUCUGUCUUAUGGCGUCAGGAAGGCUUCCUUCCCAGUGGGAUUGAUCUACGCGCAUUGCGUCUUUUUGGGCGUUUGGUGCGUUCCGUUAAUGAUCUAUGGCCUGCUUCCGCAGUUGGCCCUCAUCAAUCGCGUACCUUUGUUUCCCAAGGUAUCUGACCCGUGGUUCUUCGUCUACGCCUACCUCUUCUUGGCCGCUUACCUCUGCGACCUCCUUGACUUCCUCGUCGACGGCGUCCCCUUUCGCCGGUGGUGGAACGACCAGCGCAUCUGGCUCAUCCGCGGUCCCACCGUGUACCUCUUUGGCACACUCGAGUUCCUGCUGAACUCGCUGUCCGUAUCCGCCCCGGGGUUCAACGUCACCUCCAAGGUCACCGAGGAGGAGCAGGCCGAUCGGUACGCCAGAGGAGAGUUCGAUUUCGCGGCGCGCUCGCCGUUCUUCGGGGUGCUCGCCGCGGUGGCGGUCGUGAACUUGAGCGCGGUCGCGGUGGGGAUCAAGAGGGUGGUGACGGGGGAGGUGGAAAUCGGGGAGUUCUCGAUGCAGUUGGCGCUGUGUGGGUUUGUGGCGGUGAAUUGCUGGCCGAUUUAUGGAGCGAUGUUUUGGAGGAGAGACGGGGGGAGGAUGCCGGUGAGUGUGACGGCGGCGGCAACGGUGGUGGCGGGGCUGCUCCACUUGAUCGCGCAUCUCGUCUUUGCUUUCCGUGGUUGAAUUUGAAGAGUACGAUGGCUUACGCUGCUGACGUGUGUAAUACUAACGGGCACGACCAUGGCUCAUCGUGAACAGUCGAGUCCGAAAUAUUCUGUGAAAUCGUUUUAUAGAAUGGUGAAAUAUUUCAUGUUAAAUUUUAACUUAU